CGGGUAAUAUAUACAUAUAGGUAAAGGGCAGUGAGUUAUUGCCGAUACAUUAUCAAUUUGCUUUAGGAUUGUGACUAACUACAAAUAUAUCAGCAUAUUCCCAACUAGAUGGUCUGCCAGACGCGUUCCAUAUCAUGUAGUGUGCAGCCCUGACCCAAUUCAAUGUGGGAAAGGCUUGGUGGAGAUCACGAAGCCCCUUUUGAGGCGAAACGCCGUAUGAAAUCUCCGUCGAGAUGGGUGCGACUUUCAGUCCACUUCUCCACACCUCAUCCGAAUCUCGCACUAUGGCCAAGCUCUUCUAUCGAGUUCAGCUGCCAUGCCGCCGCAUGGACGACGAAGAAGAAGCCAUGUUACAUCGCACACCAGACAAAGCAGAAUUUUACAAAGAGUAGAAAUAUCCAGUCCGUAAGUUAAACUUCAGUCAACACCAUGAUUUCAGAAAAAAAGCCUAAUAGAAACAUGAGAGUUAUUGCUUUGAAUCAGAAGUAAUGACGACACUGGCGUUUCGAAUCUUGAACGGAAGAAUAAAUCGAGGCAAUAUGCGCAUCUCCCUAUGGAAGGAAAUGCUUUGGCUUGUUUCUUUUUGAAAAGCAAAGGCUAUACUCCGUAGUUUUGAGGUGCCGCCAUUGUAAUUCGAGAUAAAGAAGUGAGGACAAUACGGGCGUUUUCCGCAAGGAUAAAAAUGGGUCGCUCUCUAAACCAUGGCUGUUGAGUCUAUCGUAAUUCUUAAGCCUAUGUACAAGCUUAAAAUAAACAGAAAAUCACUACACUCUUUAUAGUGUUGGUGUCAUUUGAGUGUUGAAUAAGCCAUGUCCCAUCGGCGGCUUUAGGGUGGACGUGCAAGGUUGAUGCACUGCCUCAUUAAGCGACCAUGUUUAAAAGCCAGAGCAACUUCCUCCUUCACAUUCAUUCUUAUUCUUACU